GCCGCGGAGCGCGCCGGGCUGGGGCCGGCGCCCGAGCGCAGUGGAGAGGCAGCGCGCGCGCCCCAGCCCGAGUCCCGCCGGGGGCGCCGCCCCGACUAUGGAGCCGGACCACAGCCCCCGAAAGAUCCAGUUCACCGUCCCGCUGCUGGAGCCGCACCUUGACCCCGAGGCAGCGGAGCAGAUUCGGAGGCGCCGGCCCACCCCUGCCACUCUUGUGCUGACGAGUGACCAGUCAUCCCCAGAAAUUGAUGAAGACAGGAUCCCCAAUCCACUUCUCAAGUCCACUUUGUCCAUGUCUCCACGGCAACGGAAGAAGGUGACGAGGAUCACACCCACUAUGAAAGAGCUGCAGAUGAUGGUUGAACAUCACCUGGGGCAACAGCAGCAAGGAGAGGAACCAGAGGGUGCCACUGGGAGCACUGAGACCCAAGAGCCCUGCCCAACUGGGAUCACAGACGUGGAAUCAAAGCUGGGCACCUCUGGGAAAGUGCACGAGCCUGCUGAAUCCAUCCCUAAAAUUCUGGAGCAGGACAGUGAGGAACAAAGCACAGAGGAACCCUCAGCCCAUACCCCACCAUUGGGUUCCCAGGGAGCCAAGUAGGUUUGAGAGAAAGAGGAAACCUGUAACCAAGACUGCUAUUGGGAAUGCAUGGACAUUUUGAUCUGUUUCUUAUUUCUUCACUUUUGGGGGGAAAAAAAUCUCAUUUUUAAAAAGUGAUAAAUUUGGUGUUAGGUA